AUGGCUUCACCAAGUGCAUUUCUCCUUGCCGUCUUCGCCGUGCUAGUCGCCGCGUCUUCCUCAGGACAGCGUGCUGCAGCAAUUGUAGCGUGCAAGGACUGCAGCUCAUCAUGCAGCGCGUCAUGCAGCAGUGUCAACUUCGCGGCGACGACGGGGCCAUGCAGUAGCGACUGCAGCCCAGAGCCACAGUGCGCGCAGAGCUGCAAGGCGAAGGGCCUCCCGCAGUGCAAAGCGGACUGCACGCGUGGCUGCAGCAGCAGCUGCCGUGGGACGUCUUGCAACUGCGAGAGCUACUGCAGCAACGCCUGCAACACUGGCGUGGAGAGUGGGUGCAACAGCAGCUGCACCAACUGGCAGGCGUGCAAGGCCUGCAAGGAUGGCUACUCCCAGCAGUGCGCCGCCUGCUGCACCGGCUACUGCAACAACCACUGCGUCUAG